AUGUUUUCUACAACCCUGUGCAGGAGUUCAACAGAGACCUCAGAGCAGCUCCGUGAAAAGGAGGAGAAGAAGCUGCGCAGCAAACAGGCAAAGCUUGAUUUGAAGCAAAAGCCACUGACUGUUGUGAGGGACUGGAACUGGAACAAGCAGGAGAAGCAGCCAGACCAGGGGGUUGUGGAGCAGCAGCCAACGGGCCUGCGCGUGCUGGAGGCUCUAGCCGCGUCCGGCCUGCGCUCGUGUCGGUUCGCGCGCGAGGUGGGCGGCCUCCGCCAGGUGGUGGCCAACGACCUGUCGCCGGCCGCCGUCGAGGCCAUGCGGCGCAACGUGGAGCACAACGGCGUGGAGGGCCUGGUGGAGCCGCACCAGGGCGACGCCAGUCUGCUGAUGUACGGCGCCCGGCGGGAGCGGUUCGACGUGGUCGACCUGGACCCGUACGGCUCCCCGGCCGUGUUUCUGGACUCGGCCGUGCAGGCCGUCAGCGAUGGCGGCGUGCUCCAGGUGACCUGCACGGACAUGGCUAUCCUGUGCGGCAACGCUCCAGAGACGUGCCACGCCAAGUACGGCGCCGUCUCCGUCCGCAGCAAAAUGUGCCACGAAAUGGCGCUGCGGAUAGCGCUUCAGUGCGUGGAGACGCACGCCAAUCGUUACGGUCGCUACAUCGAGCCGCUGCUCUCGAUCAGUGUCGACUUCUAUAUCCGGCUGUUCGUGCGCCUCCGCUCCUCCGCCGCCAAGGUCAAACUGUCGGCCAGCAAGAUGGCGUACGCGCUGGUCUGCUCCGGCUGCGACUCGUGGAGGCUACAGCCCAAGUGUCGCGUGACGUGGAACGGCACCAACCCCAAGUUUUCGCUGGCUGUGCCGCUGCCCAACGGCGACAAGUGUCCCCACUGCGGCUUCGCCACCCACCUGUGUGGCCCGCUGUGGUCGGCGCCGAUCCACGACGCCGGCUUCGUCGCCACGUUACGGGACUCGCUACAGGAGGACGAGCUCGCCACCUACAAGCGCAUGGUCGGCGUGCUGUCUGUGAUCAGUGAGGAGCUGCCAGACGUGCCGCUGUACUACGACGCCGGCCGGCUGGCAAGCACGUGUCGGCUCUCGGUGCCGCCGAUGCUCGACCUCAGGUCCGCCUUCCUGAACGCCGGGCACCGCGUGUCGGGCUCGCACUGUAACGCGUCGGCCGUGAAGACGGACGCGCCGGCCGAGUUCGUGUGGUCGGUGGUGCGCGCGUGGGAGGCGCUGAACCCGGCGCGGCGCGCCAGCCUCGCCGCCGGCUCGCCGGCCGCCGCGCUGCUCGCCGUGCCGGCGCCGGAUGACGUCAGCUUCGCGCGCCACCCGCUGGCCAAUCCGGAGUCGCGGCGCCUGCAGCUGCGCCGCUUCCAACAGAACCCGCAGUCCCACUGGGGGCCGAAAGCGCGCGCCAAGACCAGCAUCUCGCAUGAGGCGAUGCAGGCCAAGCAGAGCAGAAACCAGGGCAAGAAGCGGCGCGCGCGCGAGCGGGACGACUCGGCCUCGCCGCCGGUGGAGCCACACAAGAGGGAGAAGGUGGAGGAGGCGGCGGACAGCGGCGAUCCGCCGGCGCCGGCUGCUGAGACCUGAAUACAACACGCUUGAAGCCACCCGUGUUUGUGAACGUGGACUGGUUUUGGCGGGAGUUUGCCACAGUUUUGGCGGGAGUUUGCGGGAGACCUGCAGGCUGCGAACGUUAUCUUUUCCAGAUGGACGGCUGCCCCAAAAUCGUCAAUUUGGGAAGCUCCAAGACCGACUUGUGUUAUGGACGGAAGAAGUACGACUCCAAGAAAAGAUAAUCACUUACGAAUCGGUGUAUCAUGAUUCGGAUAGCCCGUCCAUAGUCAUCUCUUUGUGCGCAUUUGGCCGGUGACAGUGUUUUGAUAUCGCCGUGCUGUGACGUCAAUAAACAAGAGACGUGUACGAUA